AUGUCUGUGGAUGAGAAGACUGACUCCCCCAUGUAUGUGUAUGAGUCAACGGUGCACUGUACCAAUAUUCUCCUCUGCUUAAAUGACCAGCGGAAGCAGGACAUUCUCUGUGACGUGACUCUGAUCGUGGAGGGGAAGGAGUUCCGCGCCCACCGGGCUGUGCUGGCUGCCUGCAGCGAGUACUUCUUGCAGGCCUUGGUAGGGCAGACAGAAAAUGACCUGGUGGUCAGCCUGCCGGAAGAGGUCACUGUCAGGGGAUUUGGUCCAUUGUUACAGUUUGCCUACACUGCUAAGCUGUUACUCAGCAGAGAAAACAUCCAGGAGGUCAUCCAUUGCGCCGAAUUCCUGCGCAUGCACAACCUGGAGGACUCCUGCUUCAGCUUCCUUCAGACGCAACUGCUGAACAAUGAAGAUGGCCUGUUCCUGUGCAAAAAAGAUAACACCUGUCAACGCAUGCACGAUGAGGAGAACUCAGAUGGAGACGAGGAGGAGACGAUGGAAUCGGAGACGUCAAAAAUUUCUUGCCCAAGAGAGAGGAUGCACCAAGAGCCCUUCAAUUUUGAAAACACUGUUGCUGGACCAGAAAAAGGUGAAGGGAUGUUGCCUGACUCUGACAUGCUGAGAGAUAGCAAGGACAAUUUGGACAAAGAUGCAGUAACACGGUACCCCAGAUACAAGAAAUACCAGCUUGCUUGUACCAAGAAUGUCUACAACACAUCACACAUCAGUACCUCAGGUUUUGCAAGCACAUUCAGUGAAGAGAGCUCUGGAAAUGGCCUCAAAUCAGGACUUGCUAUGGGGCAGAUAAAAAGCGAGCCUCAGAAUGAAGAGAACGAUGAAGAAAGCAUCACGCUUUGCCUGUCUGGAGAUGAACCUGACAUCAGGGAUAAAGAAGGGGAUGUUGAAAUGGACAGGAAACAGCCAAGCCCCACUUGCGCCGACAGGCCAAAAAGUGGGUCCUCUCCUUCUUGCUUGCGGUCUUUCUUCAACAGAACAAAAAGCAUAGAUUUGGUUGGCUUCCCCAGCACUUCCCAACAGCACUUUGGCAGGAGUCCAGCAUGCCCUUUUGAAAAAGGGACAACUCAGGGUGACCACAAAACUGAUUAUGUCCCUUUCACAGGGAACUAUGGACAGUCCCAUGCCAUGCAGAAGGAUGCUUCCAGCUUCACAGUGGGAUCACCGCUCAGGGGGCCUGGCUUUGAAACUCUCUGUAAGCAAGAAGGGGAACUGGACAGAAGGAGUGUUAUAUUCUCUUCAAACGCUUGUGACCAAGUAAACACUUCGGUGCAUUCAUAUUCUGGUGUGAGCAGCUUGGACAAAGACCUCACUGAGACUGUGCCAAAGGGUCUGUGGGCUGGCAGUAGCCAGUCUCUCCCCAGCUCUCAGACCUAUUCGCACAGCGGACUGACAGCUGAUCACUUGCCGGGAAGGAUGCGGCCGAACACCAGCUGUCCGGUGCCAAUUAAAGUUUGCCCUCGCUCUCCUCCUUUGGAAACCAGAACCAGGACCUCCAGCUCGUGCUCUUCCUACUCGUACGCAGAGGACGGCAGCGGUGGCUCUCCCUGCAGUCUGCGUCUUUGCGAGCUCUCCUCUUCCCCUUGCUCCCAAGGCCCCCGAUUCCUGGCACCCGAGCACCAGGAGCCCGGCGUGGUGGGGGAUGGAUUGUACAACCCGGUCCGAGCCCAGAUUAAAUGUGAGCCAUCCUAUGGAACAAACUCCAGCGAUGAGUCUGGGUCAUUCUCAGAAGCAGACAGUGAAUCAUGUCCUGUGCAAGAUAGAGGGCAUGAGGUGAAACUUCCUUUUCCUGUUGAUCAAAUCACAGAUCUUCCAAGGAAUGAUUUCCAGAUGAUGAUAAAGAUGCACAAGCUAACCUCAGAGCAGCUCGAGUUCAUCCACGAUGUCCGCCGGCGCAGCAAGAACCGAAUUGCAGCUCAGCGCUGCCGCAAGAGGAAACUGGACUGUAUUCAGAACCUAGAAUGUGAAAUCCGCAAGUUGGUGUGUGAGAAAGAGAAAUUGCUCUCAGAAAGGAACCAGCUGAAAGCAAGCAUGGGAGAAUUGUUAGACAACUUCUCAUGUCUUUCCCAAGAAGUGUGUAGAGACAUGCAGAGCCCGGAACAGAUCCAAGCUCUCCAUCGAUACUGCCCCGUUCUCAGACCCAUGGAUCUACAGCCAGCCACCACCAUCAGCCCCUCCCCAGCUGGCGUGGAGCAGAGCCUGGUGACCUCCCAGUGUGUCGGGGAAAGCAUGCAGUGCUGCUCAGAGCAAGGCUCGGUGCAACUGGGAGCGCCCUGGCUGCCCAACAACAUCUCGGAAAAUUGUUCGGCUAGCGGGGGGUUGGAUGGAGCCGACACAGGUACUUACCCCGAGAGAGAGCUUCCACCAGAGCAGAGCAGCCAAACGGUCACGGUAGACUUCUGUCAGGAAAUGACUGAUAAAUGUACAACAGAUGAACAACCUAGGAAAGAUUACACCUAGUGACUUGUAACCUUAACGUUACACCUGGUCAGGUGUU